UGUUACCGCUAGUGCCUGGGUUUACUACUGUUAAGUUCAUAACCGAUUACAGUUUACCGUUUUACAGUUGUAGACUAUUAUUCUUUAAUCUUCAUCUUCUUAGGAAUUUCAAUCAAACUCAAUUUUUGACUAUCUAACAACUAGAUAGUUAAUUAUUGUUUAUCUUUUAUCGCACAUCAUACCUCAUACCUCAUACCUCAUACCUCAUACACAUUUAUUUACAUACAUAUCUCCUAAUCUACCUACAUACCUUGGUACACAUCCCGCAUCCCGCAUCCCGCAUCCCACAUCUCACCUCUCACCUCUCACAUACACAACUUCACAACUUCACAAACCACAAACCACAAACAACCAAACCCUAUAGUCUCUUACACAGAGACACUACUUCACAUUAUCGAUAAAUGAUCUCGUUAUAAAGUAACCCGGUUUACUUCGGCGCUUGUUGUUGGUGUGACAUCGCCGAUAACCAGCAUAGAGCUCAAGAUGGCAUCAGACGGCGAUACUCCCAUGCUUGAUCCUUCUGCUUCCACAGCACCUCAAGCUACACCUGCUGCAAAACCUCGUCGUAGAUUUGCUCCGCAGCUUGUCGAAGAGUCCGUCAAAUCCUCUUCGGGUGCUCCAAAGCACCAACCGCAACCGAGCCACAAGAUCCCCGCCAUAGCACCCACGCCCCCGGUUUCAACUACCAAUUCAACCAGGAACCCCACGAGAGAUGUUUCAGUUCAGGUAGACGAUAUUGAGAUGCCAGAUGCGCCACCACCGCUACCCGUACCACCCAAACCCACGCGGCGCUUUGUUCCUGUUCCAAUCGAGACUACCUACGAUUCGUACCGGGUGAACAACAACAGGAAGAAUCCUCUCGGCCCUACUGCCGAGUUAACACCUGAUCCCUCACCGACAACCCCGCAUCCGCCCUCCUUUGACGGGGAAACCCAAUUCAAUGAGCCUCAGAAGAAGCCGAAGAGGAAGUUCGCACCCCAAUUGAUAGAGACGACGCGAAGAUCCAAGAAAGCCGACCAGCCAGGCCCUGCCACGAAACCCAUUGAUAAGACUGAUAUUACGCCGGGUACAAACCAUAUAUAUGCCCCGAAACCAAAGCGAAAAACAGUUCCGCGAUCUGCUACUGCUGGUGCUCCAAGCGCCAACACCGAGGGCGAUGGCUUUUUAACACCACGCCGACAACAGUCCAUGAAGCCGCACCCGAAUACCCGAAGAAGCACCCGCCAAUCUUUCGCUCCUGAGCUCGACACUAUUCUCUCAUCCGACUCUGAGAAGUCUUCUGAGGAAGACGACGAUACUGCAGACACUUCUGCUCUUUGCCUUGGUGCCCCAGCUCUUACCAGCGAGAACUCGGUACAAGAUGGUGACGAUGUUGGAGAUUCGUGGAGUAGCAGGCACUACCACCUACGUGACAGGAGGGAGUCGUGCGACGAAGAAUUCUCGGGCUAUCUACUAGCCGUGGCUGCAAGGGAGGCCCAUAGGCAACGUGAGUUGGAAGCGGCCAUGGCAGCGUUCCCCAAUGGUGUACGGCCUGAAGGUGUGGAGCAUUUCCUUGUCAGGGACAAUUCCGAAGAUGAUGAUGGCCUAGUUGGUCUAGAUGACGAACGAUCACGACAUGGGACGUCGCAGCUUCCACGCCGCAAGGAAUCAGACCCCGGUUGGGCCGUCAAAGAGAUGCGAGCGCAUGCUGAAAGGUUGGCUCAGGCUAAGCAAGAAAACAUGAAUAUCGACGACGAUUUAGAUCGUAUGGACAUAGCACCCCCACCAGAAGAUCCCUUGUGGACCACAGCUUCGUUCCGAGCUUCUCUCGAUGAGACAAUGAAGGAAGCCCCAGGCCCCGCGGUAUCUGCGUCCUCGCCAGCCUUGCUAGCCCGAGUGGAUUCACAUCCCAACGUACCUUCGCCACGUCAGGCACCGGAAACUGGCCUUCGUGCCAUCCCAUUUGGUAUUCCUUUCGGGUAUCUCAAUAAUGAACCGGAAGAUCCCCAGAUGCGGAAGAUGCGCAUGGCAGCUUCACCUCCUAUGCUCGGUGGCGACCUCGAAUUCCGCAUGUGCCCUAGCCCGAAGCAUACGCGUAUGGAACCAAGCCAGCGGUAUUGCGCCAUCGAGAGGCCUGAGCAACGGCGAGAUGUUACGGGAAAUACAGGGCUUUGGCGUGGAUACUGCUCUGCUAAGGCCAACAACACCGUAGAGAUCGCGCACCCAGGGCCCAAUCUCCUUAUGACUCCCCAGGAACCAACUUCACUACAGGAUCCAUUUUCCGCCGCAUUCACAGCAUCCCUAUCAAAUAUGAGCCGUGUCAUAAGUAGCACUCCAACACCUGGUGCUACAUCUCCGACAACCCGUCAUAACCAGCACAGAGGUCUCCAUAUGCUCUCAGGGCUUGACGAACGACUGAAAAAGGAGAAGGCUCGCAAGGAGCGCGAAGAGCGUAUCAUGGCUGAAUUUGAUGAUUCCUUCGUCACGCAAGUUUACAAUUACAUCAGUCUCGGGUAUCCCGCGACCGCGCGUGCUUUCGACGCAGAGUUGAGCAAAAUCAGUGGCAUCGACAUUCACGAACUACGCAAGGAUGACAACUUUAAGAUGGAGGUGGGCUUCAUGUUGACAAUGGAGAUGAGCAUCCAUAAGGGCCAUUCACCGAGCAAUUCUGAUAGCGGUGAGGAGAUACAGUUCCGUACACCUGAGGAGGAUGAGAGAAGAACUCGUAGGAAACCAAAGCCGCCACGAUGGAUUGCCCUUAAGCUGUAUAUACGCGAGUGGGCGCGCCAGCACCCUAGCCUUAACGACGCAGGGACUGGCGAAAUGGCUUGGGGUGUUAGAGCUAGAAGGGGGAGCUGGGCAAUUUAGAGGAAUAUACGAUGGUGCACCCAUAUAUUUGGUUGUUGCAUAGCACCGAGGCGUUUGCCCUUUUUUGGGUAUACUCGAAACGAUUGAGUAUAUGAAAACAAGAAAAAGAAGAAAGCACGAUUUGUGUAUAAUGGGAUGG